AUUGUUCGCACACAUUGAGCAAACAAAGAAGUUAUUUGUCAAAGUUUGAUGAUGCACACUGCUAAAACAGUAUACCAUGCAAAUGAACGGGCACAGCCCUCGGCAGUCUGUAAAUAGCACCGGUGCGCGUGAGCACGCCGCGCAGGUUGGUAGGAGUGUUAAGGUGCGAGUGUAUUAGAAGCCAAGUGUUCUGUCAAACCCGCCACUUCAAUGUGCGGCACACGAGAGAAGGGCCUGGUUCACAGUUCGCCCAUCGGACUAUGCCUUCCCCGACUGUGGGGGGAAGCAGCCAGGAGAGCGGACAGGCGGAGGGGAACCACAGAGAAAAAGGAACUACUGUCUGCGCUCUGGUGUGCGCUUUGGAGAUGGAGAUGACGAACCGCAGUGUGCACGGAGACUCCAGAGUGGAUCAUGUGAACUGCGAUGGCUCGAACAAUCGAAAAAGCAGCGAUUCUGCAGAGGUAUCUGUGUCACUUUCAGGGAAGCGAACAGCGUUCAUGGAGGGAGAUGACUUGUACAGACUGCGAGACCGAAAGUUGUUGGUGGAGGAUAAAAAGCGGCUCUGCGCGUUGUCUCUGGGCGCUGCUGUGCUGGGAAUACUACUCAUGAUCAUCCACGCCGAGAUAUGUCGCUAUGAUCCGGUAGGUUUGAUAAACUACAGUUUGUAAUGGUGAAAUGGUUUAACAGAUUACUUUAAAUACAUGCCAACAAUUAACAAGUUGGAAUUUGUUUGGUGUUAUUGACAGACUGGCAUCACAGUAUGUCAUCUGAUUACGUCCUCUGACGUACUCAUGUCGAUGCCAUCGUGGUAAAAGUGGAGGUCUCAAAAACUCGAAUCAAACAACUUCAUUAAAUCGCUGCUCUGUUUUAAAGACACUGUAGGGAGUUUUUAACUGGUUGAGAGUCAGUCAGAGACUGAUACUAUUGUCUCUUUAUGGCCCUCAAAAGCAAACAAGAUCAUAGGAAACAAAGUAGAAAUUUCCUCUGUUGUAAUUUUUAAUGCUUGAAACUGCUGUCAGGGGUAGGUUUCAGGCUGGGUGAUUGACAGCUGAUAAAGAAAUGGUCUUUUUUCCCCCUUCCUAUGGCCAAUACUUACAGUAAGUGAUAUAUUCUGCAGUUAAAAGACAAUGGAAAGACAUUUCUGUCUUAAAAGAUUAAUUCUACAUGGACAGAAUAAGCGUAAGAGGUAUCAUUUUGUCAAGGGGAUGCAAAAACAUGACACUAACCAAAAGCUCCCCAUGGCAGCUUUAAAAUGGAAGCUGGAAAAAUAUGAGCAUCAUCUAAAAAGCAUGUAAACAGCUGACAUUGACAACACUGACCUAAUUUACAUUUUCUCAAGCUUAAAUUCAUAGAAGUGGAAGAGGUCUGCAUAAAAACGAUCAGCCUGUAUAGCCUACUUAUAUAUAUAUAUAUGAACCUCUCUGUUAACAUGUUAGAUAUUGCUUUCUAAUGUGUGAAGCAUGGUUUAAAAUAUUAUCUUGUGAGGACAUUUAAAACCUGUUGUAUCACACUACAUUAAACAGUAUCAUUAUGCAUGCUACUGUAUCAUACAUAUCAUAAUAUAUUUUCUCUUAUCGUGUUGUGUACUUUCUCAUUGUAUUGUUUCAAAUGAGCUCAAAUUGUAUCAUAUCACAUGGUAUUGUAUCAAAUUACUUUAAAUAAUGGGUUUUACUGUUGGGCGGCCUUAUUUUAUUGUAUGGUAUCUUAUUAAAUCCUCUUGUUACUAACCACAUAUUUUAUUUAUUGACAUUUAAUGUAUCAAAUCCCACCAUUUGAUAAUAUAUCCUGUGGUAACAGUGUUGUAUUGUAUAAAAUUUUACCGUAUCGUAUCCUAUCCUAUCCUAUCGUACAUUGCAAACAGUCAUGUGAUAUCUGAUUUGAAAGGCACUGACCAUAUUGCAUUGUAUUAUAUUUAUGCAAAAACAGAUGCUACUGCAGGAUUGUUUUUUAUCCUGACCAUUUCAAAUCUAUAGGUUUAGCCAUGAAUGUAUUCAAUCAUCGGUGAGUACUACAAGAGAAACCACCAUUAUACAACUGCACCAUUUUCUGUCAUAACAACUUCCUUAAAUUUUAAAUUGGAGACAGCCCCUGCCCUAUUCAUGCAAUACACCAGCAGGACCUGCACCUGGGUUUUGACCCCCCCUGACCCACUGAUUAGUUCCUCCACUUCCAGACACACUAUUUGGUAGCACAGCCUCAUGACAUUAACAUGCAGAUCUCAGUGGAUAACAAUGCCAGGCCUCACAAUCAACAAAUUAUUAACUCCCCCUUGAGCUCCUCAAGCACACGCCAGCUCCACAUGUGGAAAAAAGUUCUCAUGCAUGCCGCAAAACAUCAGACCACCUCCAUGCUGUGAAGUCAGUGAUUGAUUACAGUGUCAAAGAAUGGCCCAUUUCUCACUUAGAUCAACUACAAUCUUGUAGCUGUUUCAAGAGUUGGAUCUAGAGAAACAUGUUUGUGAUAUGAAUGUUGCUGCCAUGGUCAUGACAUUACUCUUUCAGUUUAUAAAUCCAACCAAGAACAGGUGUUGUCUGUCUAUUUCUCACAACAGGCAUCAGCUAAGGUACCAUGGAAAUGCUGAUGCACUGGAAAAGUGCUGUCUGCUGCAGUUAAAGUGUAUUAUUUUGGUGAGGCAGCAUUGCUGAUCCAACUGUGGCUGUCAGUAUUAAUCCUUAAAAUGUAUAUGAUAACAAAGCCAGGAAUAAGAGCUGUGACAUCUUCAUCACAUGUAGUUACACAGGGACUGGCUUAACAAAACAUGGCAUCCUAACACCAGUCUGCUGUUAUAUUGAAAGCAUACCUUUUCAUGGAAAUGCAGGAAAACAGGUCUAUUUAUGGAACCUUUUUCCACAUUUCACCUCUUCCCCUGGAGCGAGAUUGCUCCCAGUACUUCAGGCUAUCUUUCCACAUCAUUUAGCGUAUAAUUGGAGUGUUUGGAUGGCUGGUCCAAAACUCUCUAUGGCUUUGGCUUGGCCAGAGGCAGGAGUGUGCACCUUGACCUGCUGGAGCCUCCUGUUCAUUCUACUCUUUGUUUACAGUUCUGGACUCACUUAACAAUCCAAAACAAAGUCCAAAUAUCAGAACUGGAAGGCUGAACAAGAUGUCCAAAAAUUCAUGAAAAUUUAUUUAUCAUCAUAUUUGACUAAAAUGGGCUACAGUUAAGAUGAAUGCUGCGGUAAUAACCACACUUCACCUUAAUAGUUUUAAUGAAAUGUAAUGAGAGGAUUUAUAGAGGCUCUAUUUCAGUUGCAGCAAAAACCUUUCUUUUUUCAGGGCUUCAUGCCUGCUUUUCCCUGUUAAAUCUCUUUUGUGUUGUUUUUAAGUAACAUCUGGCCAGGCCAAAGGCUUGUAAUGUAAAUAAUGGAAAAAAGCCCUUUAAAGCUAACUAGUUAUUGAUUUGUUUAAAGCUCCUGUAAGGAGUUUUUUAGUAUUUAUGAAAUAUGCUGAAAUUUACAUUUAUGCCUUGUGAUGAUAUUAAGAAGCAAACAAGACCAUCAGCAAUAACAAGGACAGCUUCUAUACAGUAAUUUUUAAGCCUGAAAUUGGUACAAGGGUUAUGUGUCAACUGCACAGCUUAAGAAACAACUUUCCACAUAAAGUAUUUACAAUUAAUGAAACUUUGGACUGUCAAAAGUCAGCAGGAUUAGGAUUUUUGUCAGAAGACACUGUUCAAUUAUGUAGAGGAUAAUGUGAAAAUGGUUAUUCAAACAACAAAAUUCAUUGCUGUCAAUCAUACAUAUGUCCCGAUACUGAAAAUUUUCAGUGCAGUUAGGGUCAGUCAGUUUUCCAUUCUUAGGUAUGCACACCCAGUGCACCACUCCCUGAAUCACUGUUUUGUUUUUGUGUGUAAUUCAUCCUUUUCAGUGGCUCCUUUAUAUGUUUUGUGUGUGUGUGUGUGUGUGUGUGUGUGUGUGUGUGUGUGUGUGUGUGUGUGUGUGUGUGUGUGUGUGUGUGUGUGUGUGUAUACAGUAUACUGCAGUGUGGUUUAGACUCACCUACAAUCUGAAACUUAGCCCUCUUCUGAACCACACACAUCACAACCCAAAACAGCGUUCUAUAUUUAAGCCAUGAAAUGCAAAUUUUAGCUUGCAAAAAUUGUUGCCACUGCUGCUACAAAAUUGUGAGAAAGUGGCCCUCAUGUUCCUAUUAUUUGGGUUGUUACACUGAUCAGUGCAUUGAGAGUCGGCUAAUUGAAAUUAUUAUAAUGAGCUGCAGUUCUGAAAGUACUCCACAAGUAGAAAAAAAUGAUCCACAGGCUGUAGAGAAGAAGUUUCAUUUGUACUUUUUACUAAGUAUGUGUGCAUUAUCACCAUUUAUCACCAUCAAAAUGACUUAAUUUCAUCACCUAAACUUUUAGUUAAAUUAUGCAUUUUUUUCAGUAUAAAUCUGGAUAAUUCAUCUGCUGAGAUUACACCCCUCGAGUGAUUGUCUGGCUAUAUCAGUGCAGAAAUUGUUUAGUAAAUUAUUUGUCAGCCAUUUUUAUAAUAUGGAACACAUUGUUGGUUAAAAAGAGACCUGUAGCACAAGCAUGUAUAAUAGCUAAUGAAAUCCCACUGACCAGCAGCCAAAUUUGAGAACUGAAGUCAGCUGCAUGAAUUAUUUCUUUGGAGAAUAUUUAUUUAUUACAGUAGAUACAAGCCAGACCACAUACUUUGCUCUGAAUUCAGUGUUUUAGUGUUAUUAUUUCUCUGCUUUGCCUUGGGUGGCCCGCCCUGGUGAUGGUGGCUCGUUGUUCAUCCAAGACUGUGAGUAACAAUCCGUGUUAGGGUUAACCCAAAUUGGGUUCAAUGGACUUGAAAUGAAUUUUUUCCAACAGAAAAAGCAACACAAGCAAAUAUAGAAACCUGACAAGUGGUAUUGUUGAAUCUCUGUUAUGGAAUCUGUUGAAAUGUCCAGUUCCUAAUAAGCCCUGGACGAAACACAGACAUGAUGUGGAUGCUAUGUGAGAAACAGUGGAAAGCGGCACACCUUGCCAAACAACGUCACUUCAUACCACCAACACACUUGGGUUUCCUUGAGUUUGAAAGUUUGUAAUUAUCAUUUAAACUGUAGACCACAUUAAAGUGCACUACAUUUAAGACCUUCCAGUGACGCUGAAUUAGUUGCUAGGAGAUGGAUGAAUGAUGGAUGUAGAUGCAUGAGGCAAGAAGUGCAGGGAGUCAUAAAUUUGACUUCAGUGCUGUGACUGCUUGUAUCUUUUGUUGAAAGACUCAAAGAAAAAGUAGUGGUCAUAAAAAGUAUCAGAAAUUCUUCAGGUAUAAUUGUAAUAUUUAAAAACCAAUCUUAAAUUCUGUCUGAAAAAGGACUGUCUUGGUAUACUGGUAUUGAUGAUAACCUUCUUUUUAAAAAUGUGAAAUAUUGAUUAAAUACUUAACUCCCAAUCAACUAGAAGUAGAUUUACUUUGAAAUGAAAGCAGAGUUUUACAAUGCAGGGAAUUAAGCAACCUUAAAGCUCUUGUAAGGACCUGUGUCUUUGUGUCCAUUUUUGCGCCGCCUUUGGACAAUGCAGGCUAUGCUCAUCUUAUCCUUUACAUGCAUCAGCAGUGUUUUCUGAAAAAAAAGCUCAUCCUGCUGACAUUUGACACUCAAAUGCAUCAUUUUCGUGUUCUGAUUGUGUUUUUUUAUUGUUAAGUUUUCUACAAAUGUUGCAAUAAUAUUGUUAUUGUGAUAUAAGAUGAAAAUCUCGUAUUGUGACAGCUGCAGUCUGAAAUAAAGAUGAACCCAAUGAGCCUUUAAGUUGGUUGGGAAGCGUGAAUAAUCCAGAUGAAAGAAAACUAAUGUGACACAUGUUCAUGGGUGGGAAGCCAAUAGAGGUUAGGACCAUCUGUGUUGGUCUGUUGCCUUGAAGAUGAUACAACUUGAAAAAAAGACAAACAAAACUUGAGAUCUUGAUUUGUACAUAGACAGUUCACUAUGACCUGGUUUACUCUUAAUCUGUUCACAUAAAGGAAAAAUAUGACUGCUGUUAGCAUUUCUUUUCUCCUUGUUUUCUUUCUCCUUGGUUUUCUCUUUACCAUAACCUGGUACAGGCCAAUGGUUUAUAUGAUAAUCAAGGAAAUACUCCUAGCUGGAAAAUGUACUUUAACAUCACCAUACUGUACUUUAGAUAGUUGAGCUACAGGAGAACAGAUAGCUAAACACUAUGUGUUUCACAUGUUUGGGCACUGUCCUGUGAUUGUGUUCAGUUCAGUGUCACUUUCAUUAAACAGUAAUAAAGGAAAAUAUUUCCUACCAUAAAAUCAAACCUCAGUCAUUGUGGACGCACUAAUUUUAUGUCUUGUUUCCCCCCCCUUUUUUUGUUUUGCUGCCCAGGACAUCCCAUACGCUGCCUUAAUUAUCAUCAACCUAAUCAGCCUGUCCACUGGGUGUCUCUUGGCCCUCAUAAUAGCUUUCCAUUAUAAGGAUAUCAGGGUAAGUGAGUUUUUCGUUUCCUCUUUCUUUUCAGCAGUUUGGGCGCCCUUAUUUUCAUGUGAGUUUGUGUUAACCUUAAGACUUGCCAUUUUUAGUGCAUGCCUCUUUAAACCACUUAUGUUUAUUGUUAAUUAAACUUGUUUAAAAAAUACCUUUUUGGAGAUACUUGAGGGCAAUAUUUUAAGAGGGAGCUUUCGGUCCACUGAUGGUAGCCUCAACACUGAUUAUCUGUGUUUUAUUUGCUGUCUGAGUAAAAUACAGGCCUGGAUGAAACUGUCAGCCCACACAAGCAUGAACAGUGUUGCAGCUACAAUAUUUUUCCAAUCCGCAUGGCUCGCUGCCGUUGUUUGCUAAUUCAAUUUACAUGAAGAGAUUUGGCUGAAAAUAAACAGAGUAAACACUAAUUUAUUUGCCCACCCACAGCAAGCAUAUUAAAUAAAAUGCCAGCUAAACAACAAGUGCAGAGAGAAUCGCAUAUAUGCACAGUAUAAGUAAACACACUGGAUAACCUUUCAGGACUCAGUCAAUCUUUGGAGGUUUUCAGUUCCUCUGAUGUGUUCACCACAAUGUUUUCAACUUUCUGUAAGUGGCUGAUAUAAGUGGAGUGCAUGCAAGUGUGAAGAGCAGAUAAGGGGUCUAGGGUGGAGACCUGAAACACAGCCAGAGUUUAGUGAGGCCUAAUGCUGUGGUGUCUGAGGUGAUGAACUAAAUCAGAUCAAGAACAUGGAAAUGCUACACCGCUAUGACGAUAAACCGUGUAAUUUAACAUAAAAAUAUGAAGAUGUGUUUGUGUCUUUACUUGUUUCUACCUCUUUUAGCUUUUAAUCAUGUUUUUUUCUUCCUUCAUACUCUCUUACUCCUCUGUCUUCCAGCUGUUUAUCAUUGAUCAUAACCAGGUGGACUGGCGUAUUGCCAUGACCAGCCACAGGAUUCUGGGGAUCACUCUGGAGCUGUUGGUCUGUGUCAUCCAUCCUGUUGGCUCAUACAGUGAGAUUGGAGGAAAUGCCAACUCCUCUUCAGCUUCGUUCUGUGUUUCCAGCGAGCCGUCAGGGGUCAUGAAAGACAUUGACCUGCUUUUAUCAGUGCUGAUGUUCCUGCGCUUGUAUUUGGUGCACAGAGCCAUCCUUCUGCACAGCAAAGUGCUACUGAGCGCCUCUUACAGGAGCAUCGGCUCUCUCAACAAUAUAAACUUCACCUUCCGCUUUGUUCUCAAGGUACUGAUGAAUGAAUACCCUGCACGCACGCUGCUGGUGUUCAUCCUCUUCUUCUGGCUCACUGCAUCCUGGAUGCUUACUCUCUGUGAGAGGUAAGCAGUAUGUUUAGUCAGCAAAAAAUAAACCCUUCAUGUCUGGUGUGCACUUGCCAUAUUCUUGGAUUUCAUUAUUUGAACCAUAAGAAAUAUCUAUUAAAAGAAGAAUGUAUUCAAUCAGAAAAUGCAUGAAAUGAUCAAAUGACCUAAAAUAUGUUACAACUCACUCAUACUGCUGAUAUAGUUUGCAAUAGUACUGUAGGGAAAAUCUUGGUAAUGUGCUUUAACAUUUGUGUUGUCAUAACCUUCAAAUCUUCAGCACAAAAGUUAGCUUGUGAACAAACAGAAAAUGAAGCUUUGAGAAAAGGCCACAUGUUUGUUUUUCCAUUUGUUUUAAGACUAUUAUCCUCCAAAUUAAAGGUGGGGUAGGCAGGAUCUGAGGAAGUGCCAGUUUUUGGGAGAAAUCUUGAAUGUAAGCAUGACCCCUCCCAACCAGUUUUCCCCUCAGCUCCUCCUCUCCCCUCCCUCUCUGCUCCAGCAAGCCCCGCCCACAAAUAGACGCUCCUGCUCACUCGUAUCGUAAUUAAUCGUAAUUAAACUCAGAUAUAAUGCAGAUAAAUACUUCAGAUAAUUACAAAUGGGGCCCAGUGAAAGUAGAGAGCAUUAGUGCUACUGUAGAUGCCAACAGACUACCAGCAAACUCAAUGUUUGCAGGACUUCUACAACCAGGAUAACGUGACAUAUUCCAGGACCCGAGGUAAACAGUUUGGCGGCGCUACAACACGCAGCAGGUCCUGUUUGGCAAAAAACACUUCUGUUACAGACACUUGGCUUACUUUGUUAAAGCGGUUUACCUGUCCAGCAGAAAAGUUACAGGGUCUGUAAGAUCCCAAAGUGUCCCCCAUCAUUGUUGACCCGGCUUCUUAGCUCUUGCCCGGUCUUAUUCUGCCACAGUCUCUGGUAUUUACUUUGUUUUCUUGCUUGUGUUGGCAGUUGUGGCCAAAGGAGGAUUCAGACAAUUUUCCGAACUUUCUGGUUGGUUUCUACUGUUCGAUAUUGUAGCAUGCUAACUUUGUUUGGGCUCAUGAACGACACGGGGGGGGGGGGGGGGGGGAUAUUAUUAUAUUGUAUAUACACCACAAAAAAAAAUGCCUCUUUAAAGGAAUCCUGCCUACCCCACCCUUAAGCAAACAAAUUAACUUUUAGUAGCUUUUAUGGGUUUAUGAGUGCUUUGAAAUGUCCAGGAGAAUCAAGCCUCUGAGAUCUUCAUGUUUGAUAAGAUGAAUAAAUAUGUCUAAAGGAUAUUUCAUCAGAAUUCAAACUGUUCCUGCUCUGGGGAAUCAUAAUUUAUGAAUUUAAAUACUUUUAAAAUUUAUUUUCGUGUUUUUUAUUUAUUUAUUUUAUCCUUAGAUCUCUACAUAUACACUCGAACCAGCACUCUGUUCCCCCUGAGUUCCACCUCAGUCACACACACGCACAUUAGAAACACAAAAUGCUCGAUAGUUUAACAUUCUUCUAUAAAUCUUGAUGGUCAAUUUGACUUUGCUGCACAGAGCGGAUUUGAAAUAACUGCAGUGAUAGACUUGAUUUUCUAUUUAGUUACUCUAACAAAUUGCUCUCUGGUGCAGGCCAAGUAAAUGUCAACGUUAUCCUCAGUGUGUUUGAACAGUGUGAGGUCAACUGUUCAUUUGAACCCUAUGGGAGGUUUUUCCUUCACAUGUCUCAGCCCUGUGUGUUUUUACUUGUCAAAAGUAAUAAAAAAGCUUUUGACUGAGAGCUGAUAAGACUUGCAAACCUUUCAACACUCAGCUGUUACAUUAGCCAUCUCAAACAUUUGUUCAUUACCACUUCCAGAGGGUGGAUGAACACACACACACACACACACACACACACACACACACACACACACACACACACACACACACACACACACACACACACACACACACACACACACACACACACACAUUGUUACUUUUGGUUUUAUGUCUGCUGUGUGUAUAUGGACUCUUGCUUUAUGGUGACUCAUCAGUUACACCUGAACUUCUGUAUUGUACUGUAGAACAUUAUUACUGAUAACACUGUUUGAUUUACAUAGCACACCUUUAUCAAACUCUUUGAGGACAGGAAGUUGGUGCAUUUCAUUAACUGUAUUUAAGACAUAAUGUUGCAGAGUCUGCUGAGCUUUGGUGGAUUUACAUGACAGUGAGGUGGGUUUUGGAAUCAGUCAAAGUAGUGUUGUUGUGUUUUUAAGUAAGAUGCUGAUUUAGAGUUGAAUUAAAAGAGCUUUCCAAAAGGGAAAAUGAAGGUUUUUGGGGCAUGGGAUUUUAAAAUUUCAUACUUUUCGCAGCACUAGCACGAUUUUCCCCUUAUAGUGAAAGCUAUCCUGGUUGAACAUAGAGAAAAUUGUUAGAUCUUGUCUGAUCACUGAAAAUGUGGAUUGGGUGAUAUAAUAAGUAGACAAAUAAAUGAGAGAAUGUUGUGCUUUUUUUUUUUUUACACCAGUAUAUGGUAUACAGAUUUCCCAUUGUCCCAUCUGUUCAUUUUGCCCUUGAGUGGUUUAGAGAUAUUCCAUUGACCCUGCGAUACAAAUUCCUAAACAGUCAAUCUUUAAAUGUCAAACUAUUGGAAACUAACCAGAGCACAAAAAAGUCUUGAAUUUAGAAAUAAUAAUAAUUAAAAAACAUUACUAAUGUUAAGAUAGAAGGUGAUUAGUUUCUGAAUGUUAUCAUAAUGAUUUUAUUCAUGUUAAGAAUAAAGUCUACAUUCUCCAAGCUGACACUGGAUGUGAGUGUAAUGUUAGAAACCCAAAGGACAGUAGAUAAUAAAUUGUUUUUUGUUGGCAAUAAAAGCCGAGUUGACAUCAAACAUUGGUGAGGUGUGAAAACUGGGUUGACAUUUUAAACUCAGUAUUGCUAGAAAUGCUGGAAAGUUGGUGAUUAUUGCAGUAUUUAUGGCAUUCACCUCCAGAAAGUUAAGUAUUGCAGAGUUAAUAUCAGGUGAAUCAUACAAUCCAGUGUUAGAUUCAUGUCAUCCUCUGACUUUUAGAAACACUGAUUUUUUUGUGAUGUAACUCUUGACUCAUAACCAACAAAUUAUAUACAUCUUAAAUCAGCAGUUGAUAUUACACUGUGAAGUGGAUCAGACUUCAGGAUGGUGUUGACUUGAAACAGCUGGAUGAAGAGUUUUUUUUUUUUUUGGUUUGAUUGCUGAUUAAUCAAAAACCAGUAAAACACGACCUUUGUGUUCUGCAAAUCUUAUCAGGUCCACUUUGAACCACAUAUGAAUGUCCAGUGAUGCUGGUUGUUAGUUGGGUUGACUUUGCCCUUUAUUACAGUGGUAAAGGGGUACACUUGACAUGUUUUCUUACAUUACAGUCACAGCUCUUUCUCUGCCCAAACAGAGGGACCCAUGACGAGACCAGUCACAUCAGCACAGCGCUGUGGCUCAUCGCCAUCACCUUCCUCACAGUGGGCUAUGGGGAUGUGGCACCACAAACCAGCUGUGGAAAGGCUGUGUGUCUCUUUACUGGUGUCAUGGUACGGGUUGGUUACUUGUUUUAAGGGACUGCAGACUUUACUCUUUUUUUUCAAUGCAUCAGUUCCUUACACUACUGUAGAGUACACAACAACACAAGCAGCCAUGCUUUAGCAUUUGAAGAGCUUGUUUUGGCCUGGUCAGCAUUUUAGAGAGAUCCUAUCUACAUUUUGAUUCUGUAGUUGUCCAUAACAAACACUGCAUGGACUCUGGCAUUAAAACCCUGUGUUCUCUGAUCAUUCUUUUCAUUUUCAUGUAAUUGUGUUUCACUUUCAUUUCACCACUUUCAUACUGCUUCAUCCCUCUUGGCCCUUUUCCCUUUAUCUUCUCUUCCAUUGGACUCAAGCCUCUCUUGUCCUUUAAAAUUUCCCCCAUUAUUCCCAUUUUCGCUUUUUUCCUCUCCACUGUAUUGUUCUGUUUUCUUCAGCUUUAUUGCCCUAACAUUUUCUCUCUUGUAUUGUUCCAUAUCAUCGUCUCUGGUUUGUUUCAUUCCCUGCUGUUUCUGUUUUGUUCCAUUGCAGAAACUCUUCCACACAUUUUCCUUCACUUUUUGGUUUUCCCAUUUCAUGUUGAGUCAGUUCAGUUUGGUUCAUUUCUCUCCUGUUAUAUUCCAGCCUGUUCUGCACUGUUACCUUGGACACACUACACCCUCUCUGCCCGACUGCACGCCCUAGAUGUGCUGACAGACAUGAAUGCCUUCAUUCCCUUGUGUGUGUGUGAUUUAGAUCACAGCUGUAAAUUAAUUGAAGGCGCUUCUGCAUGACCUUGGCGGUACCAGGCACUCACGCGAAAAGAGACUUAAGGAAGGAGACUGUCGGUAUUCAGCAGGAGUCCUAACAAAACAGCUGUAGGCUACUGUGAUGUUUCUGCCAGAGGAUUGUUUUGCUGUACUUCUCCACUUCCGUCCCUCUUACACCUUGCAAAGACAUCUUUCAGAUCAAAUUUCGCUGAUAUCCUUUAUUUCAUCAAAGAAUGACUGAAUAAAACGUCAUGGUGCAACUCACUAAACAACAAGUCCAAGUCAGGUGAACAUAUCUGCAUCUAAUUUGCUCUAAAAACUCCUAAGAUGUGGGUGUAAAUGUGCGCCAAAAUGGGAGGGCGUGGUCAAAUCAAGGCCCCAUAUAUGAAAUUUACCAUAUGACUCGCCAUGAAAUUUGAGCAGCUAUAACUCAGCUUUACGUCAAUGUAACUGAACUGAACUUUAUGCGCUUAAUUAUCAAAAGUCCCCACCUGUAAAAAAGUGAAUUAAAAUUUUUCACAAAAGUCAGAGCGCCACCUUCUUUAACCGAACGUUACUGCCUCUAAUCAGUCACUUAGAAAUUCACCAAAUUUCUCCAUCCAGGACCUUUAAACCACCCCCUGUAAAGCUCUCAAUUCACUGUCUAACGCUGUUGCCAUGGCAACACAUUGUCUGCCAUUUGACAGGGAGUAGUUUCUUGAUUUGUUUUAUGUACUUGCACAGCCAGCAUUAGUUUGUUAAAAUAUUCAGGUAAUAUUUUCUGUACGACAGUGUAGGAGCAGUAAAGUGAUCUUUAAUUCUUCUCCAGAUAGAUAAAGAACAUUUAUAGGAAUGAACCAAAUGGCGUGAUAAAUGGGGGCUUGGGUCGAAGAUUAGAUAAAGGAUGUCAGAGAUGAGGAAGUUAUCUCUUAAACAAAACACAAAGAGCUACUGUUUUAGAAGAUAAACAUUAAGUCUCCAGAAGAAAAAAAGUGACUGUGUGUGUGUUUGAGCAGCUUUUAGACUUUGCUUUGUUUGGUCACAAUAUGGUAGAAACAGAUAAGACUCAUCAGCAUGGAUGUGGGCACCAGUCCGGUUCAGACACCUCUGUGACAGAGUGGAAAACAAUCUUUCCCCCUCUCUCUUUCUCCAUCUGCCUUGUUUUUAUAAGUUUCCCCCUUAUAAGGGAGAACUUUCCACCAUAUCCAUUUUUAGGUGGUUUAUUGCUUUUGGCACUAGUGCAACAGGAGGGUGUGCCAACCUGUGCCAGGGAUUUGGAAAAAACUAAAUUUCCUACUCCCAUCAGGACAAAUCUAGCCUGGGAGCGGGUCAGUGGGGCUCUCACACCUGUAGUACGGCGGGUUAGCACCUCUGCAUGAGUCCAGCCAUAACUCUAUCCACAGCUGUGUUCAGGGGUUGACAACACUGUUUGCAUCACAUCGUUGUGUGUGGAUGGACCCAUGGAAAGAGUUUGUACCUCCCAGGUUUUACAGACACUGUAAUGAUAGAUAUUUAAGGCUGUUGGAGUGAAGGAUAAAUAUAUCAUUUAAAACUGUGGUUUGUGCUUUCUCAUGCUGCUGCUUAAUCUCACUCCCUCUUUCUUCUUUCUCUCCUUUUCUAAUGCAAACUGAAAAGAGGCACAAAGGUAAAGACUGGUUAUCUGUUACUUUGCCUGACAUAAAACCAGUGCUCUAAUUUGUCUGUGUGCACUAUGAUGUGUCUCUUUGUGUGACUGUGUGGAUGUGGAUAUCUAAAUCUUUAUCGUUUGGUAGUUCCCUGUCCAGCAAUAGCACAAAGCUACUCUUAAAGGAAAGCAGCACUAUAGUCGUUUAAAUAUAACUUUGAUUUAUUAGACGAAGCCAUAUGAGGUAUCAGCAUCAACAUUCCGUUCCCCCUUGAGGGACAAGACCCACUCUUGAGAAUUUGGACAAAUUUAGGCUUAAAUUCAGUCUCUAAAAGUGAAACAUUGGUUACUCUUGAGCUCUGCCUUGUUGAUGUGGCUCCAGUAGUUAGAAUUAAACUUCAAGACUUAAAAAAACUGAAGAGAAACUGCAUAGAAGAUCAGCAGAUGUUAAAUCUGUGAGUAACCUUGCUUACAUCUUUUUUAUGCCUGUCUUUGUGUGUCUUUGUGUGUGUGUUGGUUUUAGGGAGUAGCUUGUACAGCCAUGCUGGUUGCAGUGGUAAACAAGACGCUAGCAUUGAACAAAGGAGAGAAACACGUGCACUUUUUCAUGCUGGACAUCCAGAUCUCCAAAAGGGUAAGAGCAACUAUGUUUAGUCAAAGUAAAAGUAGUCAUAGUGAUACAGCUCAUGUUACAGCUGCUUACAAAGAAAUUUCCCUUGGUGAAAUUAUGGUUUAAGUUUUCAAAGUGUUUCACAGUCUUUCCAUGAGAACUCUGAUUUUUAGGUUCACAGCCAUAUUUGCAUUUCUCAUCCUUUGCACCCCAGACACUUCAAAGGCAGUUCAGGUUAUUUUUGCAUGUUUUGCUCCUUUCACCUACUUAUAAUUCAUACUUUAUGUCACCACCUACUCAUGUUCAAACUGCAUUGUUAAGUUUUUUCCCCCUGAUUUUUAAAUGUACUCACCCUUUCAUUCAUCAUCCUGCAGAAACUUGAAACUUGUUUAAAUUAGGUAAUCCAUUUCAGUGGAUACUAUUUCUGUGUUUAUUGUGUUCAAAGUUGCUGGAACAGUGUGUGGUUAUUCAGCUAAAAGUGCAGAGUGAUUUGAAAAGUCUGUGCUGUAUUGCACAAUAACAUAACUGAAUUCACAAAAUCAAACUUUGGUAAAAACAGGACAAUACUAUAUGCUCACAUAGAUUUAAGAUUAAUGCUCUUGAAGAUGAUAGAGUCACCAUCCAAAGAGGGACUCCAUGAAGGCUCUUUGAGGCACACCCAUGAGAGAAAAUGAUGAGGUAAAAGUCUUUAGUGAAUCAGGACAUUCAGUAUCUCAUUAAAAAAAGGGGAAAAAGGACCAGUUUCAACCUGGUAGUGUCUUCCAUUUUUGCUUGAGGUCAUUGGUUUUGUUAGAAGUCACUGAGAUUACUACAAAUUAGUUGUUUUCAAAUUUUUGAGACUAUUUAUGCCAAAAUCUUUAAAAUUGACUAUUUAUAUUGACUCUUUUAAGGUUAAAUUAUCCUGUUGUUUUAUGGGGUAUAUCAUGAUUUAUUUAAAAUGUUUUACUGAAAAUGCUUGUUGGCUGCGUAAAUGUAUUAUUUGUAUUAAUCGGGCAAAGCACUGUAAAAGUAAUGAAAAUAGAGUUUUAUCAUGCAGUGAUUUACACAUAAAUAUUUACUUGCCCUUUGGUUUAAAAAAGCAGAAUAGGUGUAUUUUCAUGUUAAUAAAAACCCUGGUCACAUCACAAACUUUCUUACUCUAACACAGGUAAAGACACACCUUUAGUUUUACACUCAAAAGUCCAUUUCAUAAGGUGUGAAAUGUGGGAAUCUGAAGUUUGACAUUUCUCAAAUGGGAAGGUAUUGAACCUGAAAAUAGCUUUUACAGCCUUUCGGAGAUAAUAUUUAUCCAUCAAUCAAGUAAACUUCCAUACAUAAAAAUUCAAUAAACAGUCAACUUCCCACCCUACUUUCAGAUGUUACUGUCCUGCAUCCAGACAAAUAAAAAAAAACCUGAAGCGGAUGGAGGUGUCCGGAUGGAAGCGCCACUUCUUUCCGUGUCACAUGUGUGUUUUGGUUUUUGAGUCUUAAUAUAAUUCAUUUUUUCCUAAAUAAGAGACACCAGAGGACAGGACUGUGUGGGAAAAGAGUUGCCUGCCAAACUUUUUUUUUUUUAGCAUUCUCAAGGUGUCAGCCGGAGGAAAUCAUCUGAUCUGUGUCAGGAAAGAAACGUGUGUCAGUUCAGGACGGUAUGGCGGUGGCAGGAAACUGGUUCAGCUUUCGUGUGUUCAAAUUGGUGUUUGUGUGAUGACGGCUUACAGGGGGAGUUACUCUGUUUGCAGGCUUGGACGGGAUUCAAGAAGGAGGUGUGUGAUUAACGACAGCUUAGGAGACACUGUAGAGAGUUUCAGGAAUCUACCUUUAGGUUUAACGUGGAUAGAGCACAUACUGCUUGAGUUUCUGCAGCCUCGUAUUUGACUGUAAAGCAAUGAGAGAGUGCACCACUUUAGAGGAUACAACCAUUUCCUUUCUCCUGGUGGCUGCAUCCUGUCACAAGGUGCAUCUUGAUGCCUUUGCUGGAGGUGGUAGUGUAUUUUUGUGUGUGUGUGUGUGUGUGUGUGUGUGUGUGUGUGUAUUUUUGUGCCUGUGUGUGAGUUCUUCUAUCCAAAAUUACACUGAUGGGAACAAGGGAAGACAUCUGGAUGCAGACACUGACAGCCUCUAUUAAUAACUCUCACAACAGGGCCAGAGUGACAUCAUCACCGAGCUGUUACAGUGAUUUGUGCAGGAAGACAAACAGGCGUGAAUAGGAUCAAAGGAGAAAGUGCACAAAGGUGACACAGGAGAAGUGUGGCGAUGAUUGUACCUCUGUGGAAAACCAUCCCUUGAAAAAUAAGACCUUCACUGCUCUGUUUAUCUGAAAUGGCUCAACAGGAAAGACUACCAGAUUAAAUCACCUGGCGUUGCUUACUCAUAGCUUCACAUCCUGUCUUGAAAUGAUUGAUGUGAACCAGAUUCUGUUAAUGUUACAAACUAAGAUAAAUGUUGGUCUUGCUGUUCAAGUUUGCAAGUUUCCUUGAUCAUAUCUUGAUGGCCCUGUCGCCAUGUUUCUUUGUCUCUAAAGGGAUAUUCUGGUGUAAAAUUAAGUCAGGGUCAAACACACCGUAACGCCGAGUUAAACACCCCGUCAAGAGAUGAAUGUUGCUGACCAACUUAAGUAACGACUGCAGAUAGUAAUACAGAGAGCCACGCGCUCAACCAAAAAGCCACUCUAUAGCCACAAAUACAAAUAAUGCUCAGAACUUCAUCAACAGUAUAUACAGGGUUCCAGCCAUAGCACUAGCCACCACACAUCUUUUUAACUUUGCCUGAUUUCUUUAGCAAAGAGACUAAACACAACUCCACCCACUCUCUUCCAGCAGCUGCCUUUUUGUACAGAGACCUUAGACGAUUCCAUUACGGACUACAGCGGGGUGACGCAGCCCAAGGAAGAACAUUUAUGAUCAUUUCCUCAUGGAAAUGCAAUCAGACCGAGACUCUGCGUCUGCAGUGCAAAAUGAUUAAUGUGAUGAUUAUUACUUCAAGGAAAUGAUAAAGAAAUGAUCAUAAAUGUUCUUCCUUGGGCUGCGUCACCCCGCUGUAGUCCGUAAUGGACUGGCCUGAGGUCUCGCUACAAACAAGCAGCUGCUGGAGGAGAGGGGGUGAGUUGUGUUUAGUCUCUUUGCUAAAGAAGUCAGGCAAAGUUAAAAAGAUGUUUAGAGGGUAGUGCUAUGGCUGGGACCCUAUAUGUACUGUUGAUGAAGUUAGGUGCUGUUCUGAGCAUUAUUUGUGGCUAUACAGUGGCUUUUUGGUUGAAUGCAUGGCUCUCUGUAUUGGUAGCAUGUGGUCGUUACUAAAGUUGGUAUAACCAGAGAAGCAAGCAGUCAGCAAAAUUCAUCUCUCAACAGGGUCUAACUCAGUGUUACGGUGUGUUUGACCCUAGCUUAAUUCUACACCAGAAUAUCCCUUUAAAUCCCCCCACUUCUGAUUAUUUGAUUUUUUUUCCAUGUUUCUGUCUCACAAGUAGAUCCGCCAUGCUGCCGCUAAUGUGCUAAGGGAAUGCUGGCUACUGCACCGCACCAACAUCACAAAGGGCAACCGUGGCGAGCACCGCAGACACCAGAGAGGCCUCCUGGAAGCCAUCAGAAUGUGAGUUACUGUAACUUUAAUGCAGGGUGUGUGUUUGUCUGGGACAGGGAUGGGUGUUGGUUUGUGUGCCCUAUAUGUGUAUUUUGUUGGCCAUUAACUUUAUGUCAACAAGCUUAACUGCAGCAUUUUUUAAAAGCUCCUAUAGAUAACUAAUUAGACUGGAUUGACUCUUUUGUGCAGAGAGGACUCUUAUGAGCGGGGUCCACCCUGUUGUCAUACACAACUCAGGCAGUGUUUAUAGCCAUGAUCACUGAAUUACCCUUGUUAAGCGAUGCUCUCCACUGUAAAUUUAUACAGCAUGUUGCGCAUCACUUUCCAGUCAGUCUAUUGGAAAAACCAUUAAAUAAGAAGCUUUUUCUCUCUCACAGUAAGGUUGUAUCCUCUUGUUAUUGUGCCCGAGAUCCUCUUCUAAGAACAAGUGGCUUGCACAAGACAGGAAGCCCUGAAGUGUGGCUGUAUGAUUCAUUAUCCUGACAACAGGAUCAUGUGUGAGUGUGUGUAGGCUAGGGUGGAAGGGUUGUACUUCCUGCUUUACACCGGGCACAACCACUAUAAAUAAACACACUGCAGGAAGUGUGAGAAGGAGGAAAAUACACACCUUGGGAUUAAGAGCAGUGUAUGAGACUUUCAUAUGACUGUCUUUAGGGACUGGCUUUUUAUAACAACGUGGGUUUGGAUUGUUUCCUUAUUGGAGCAUUUAAACCCUGAGUUUAACACAGCAUGAUGUUGCACUGGGACAUGUAGUUUUCUCCUCCCUGAGUGUCUGUGAAACAUUGAGAUAAAUGUAAUUUUAAAAGGAGCUACAUUUUAUUUUACAGAAUCUGUUUUUUUUUUCCAAAUAGAUUUCGACAUUUACGCCUCAAACAAAGAAAAUUGAGAGACUACGUGAGUGAGAUGGUUGACCUCCCAAAGGUAAAAACAACAGUUCUCACACAAUUAUCAUUAAAUAAUGACAAAUGUGAUUACAAAGCAUUUUUAUAAAUCAUACUAAUUUAUAAAUACAGCUGCAUGGACUGCAAUGGCUGCUUUGGAAUGAAAGAUGUUCAUAAGUAUCCUUUCAUUCAUUCGGAAAAAUACAUCAGGGGACUUGUGUCUACUGUGUGAAUUCAAAUAUACAUUCAAUAGAAAUAAGCCCUAAGUUUUACAAACUGCAAGUGUAGACCUUUGAUGAAUUGUCAAAAAUGCAACGUAGCUCAGUGACUUUGCAUCCAGUUUGUAUCAGUUUGACUGAGACUGAUGUUGAUUUGUUGCAUCUGUUUUGAAAAUUGAGUUAGGGGUGAAAAAUGUAGUUAAACACUCUAAAGUUGGCAGUAGUGAGCUAGAGUUUUGAGUCUGUUCCAGAAAGUUGGCUUUAAACUUCAUACAUGAACAAUAAAACCGCCUGUCUGUCAGUCACACAGCCAACAAGCCAGCCAUUAAGGGAACCAGGUUUUCUAAAUCUCUACCAUUAAUUUGGAGCAAAUAUUCAAAGUAUGUCUGUUUUUGCACCUUUCCUCUGUUAUUCUUUGGUUGAUUCAAAAACCUUUGCAUCUGUGUUGUCUGUCUAAUUCAAACAGAUGCAGAUGAUCAUGUGCGAUCUAAGCGCUAAUUGGAAUAACUCUUAUCGAGAACUAGAGCAAAGGAUCCUCUCCAUGGAGCAAAAAUUAGACGAACUCAGUCGCUGCUUCCAACAAACAUCUGAGCUGCUGUUUCACGUCCUACGUCACCGCAACCCUGAGAUCAGGUAAACAACAAGGCUUACGGCGAUGCAGUGCAGGAUGUGGUACAAGAACAUGCAUUCACUUUUUUGUUACUCUUCUGCAGGUGACAGGGCUUUGUGUCACACUUUGGGGAUUUGGUCUGCAGUAUUCAUGAAAGGGAGAAGGCAAAUGCUCUCCACACAGAGCUGCUCCAGACUGUUAACAUGCUGAACCACUUGGAGGACUGGCAUACCUACCAAAGAUCUCAUCUUCUGGCCCUGUGCUGACUGCACUGCACAAUGACUCAUAGCUGUAAAACUGUACAGACAAAAGAGGCCCUCCAGUCUUCUUCUCUGUGGGAGAAUCACGGUGCAUCUUGAGAAAUCUGUUAUAUUUGUGAGGGUGAACAAAGAAGUGAAUUAAUCUCAAACCAGGACUGCGGAGUCUCCUCUUCAGGGCUUGCCAUCUUUUAUUUUGUUUGCUAUAUAUCAAGGUUUCAUUGAUGGAUUCCUUCUUUGCCUUAUUCCUGUGGAAUAAGAGACAUUUUUGAACAUGUUAAUUUUAUUUUUAACCUUUAACAGUAUUUUACCGUGUUAGCCAAACUAUGUUAUAAAAACUUUUGCCAUGUUUUCAUGUUCUGAAGUAGUUUGUUUCAUGAAUGGUUACCAAACUAAUGUCAACAAUCGGGAGUAGAUGAAUGUGAUAUAAUUUCUCGUACUUCCAUCUUGUACUGCUUUUUACUCUCACCCACUAAGUGACUGAUGAAUGAAAUCAUGUUCCAGGAUGCUCUUUAAAUAGAGGAAGCUGAAGAUCAAUUGAAGUUUUGCCAAAAAAAGCUUUAUUUCAGACAUAAAAAUCCUUUAAGUUUUUUUUUCAUUUAUACCAACAUAAACUCACACGAAAUGUCUACAAAUCAGAAUAUCAUGUAACAGUUUACACCUGCUCUGAGAACAAACUUUAGUGCAAGAUGCCUUGUAAACUCAUUUUUCAGCGGCUCAACAGCUUCACCUAGUGGACAUAAAUCGUGCAGACCACACAAAACUGAGCACAGUUCAAACUUCGAGUUAAAACAGAACCACAAAAUGUUGGCAAAAUUUAACCUGAAUUACAAAUCUUUUCAGGAGCAAAACAUUUGUAUAAACUUUGGUGAAGCCAAAUAUAUAUGUAAAAAAGAAGAAAAUGAGCAAACUCUGAAACUCCCAAACAACCUGCAGUGUCAAAAAAGCACUUUGUGAGAAAGCUAAAGUGUGGAAAACUGGACUCACUCUCCUUUAGAGGAUAAACUGGAGCUUUUAACGGAUUAUAUUUUAUAUAAGAAGAACUUGUUUUAACCUUGUUUGCUGUGUAUCAUUUGUACAUCUUUACAAAUAAUUCAGCAACCAGCCUGGACGUGCCUUUAAUAAAAGCCAUUACAAAACGAAUGUGUUAGGUUGUUUUUUUGUCACUUGGUGUUACAAAAAGUGCUUAUGAUCCCUUUGGUUUGACCCUUGAUUUAAGAGUGUUGUACACACAAUGGGGGAGGACUAUUAAAAAACAAUAAAUUCAGAAAUGAAGACGGUACCUCAUCGUUUCGAGCAUUUCUUCACACUUUUAGUUUUUGAUCCAUUUUUGAGCUGAUGCCAUAUGUAAGCUGAAGGUCGAAUAAAGAGCUGUCCACAGUCACAUGUAAAGGGCAUUCUGCAUUUCUGUUUUACUUUAUGAUUCCUCAAACGUCCAGAAUAGGAAUUUUUCAAGGUCUUCCCCUUUAAGUGU